AAAUAUUUCGCCUUUAAUAGUCGUUCAAUAUGAAGAAAUGCUUUCUAGUUGUUGUGGCAUUUCUUUUUCUGCCGGACAUCACUCAUCCGCUGGAGGCACUGGAUGACUUCGAAGUCCCUUUGGAAGUAACUACGGUGCGUGAAAAUAAGGCUAUUUUGGGUCCUGUUCAGCUGAAGCGCAUUGAAGGAAGGACUCGUCAAGUUAAGAAACUGGCUUCCGAUGAAAAGAACCUUACCGGAAAAAUGGUUGAAAACUAUUGCUGCUUCUGGAUAUACCAAGCACAUCCUCCCAUUCCAUAUACAUGGAAACAUAUGGCUGAAUACCCCUUUGAUUUCCAAUUUAACGGCGAGUUUGUGAAGAACAAACGCCACAAUGGAAUCGGUGUAUUUUCACGAGAAAAGCAAUACUAAACUUUAACAAAUUCAAACACCAAAAAAAUCUCUAUUUGGACAAGCUGGUUUCAGCUGGUGUUAAUUCUACAUAGUAUUAAUUUGUAGAAGAAAUAGUUAUUUUUGACACUCAUAAAUUCUUUUUUCUGUCAUAAAAUUAACUUAUAUAUA